AUGGUAUUAGUCCAAGAUUUAUUACAUCCAACUCCAAAAACAGAAUUACAAAAAUAUAAAUUAAAAACUCUUGUACAACAACCAAGAUCAUUUUUUAUGGAUGUUAAAUGUCAAGGAUGUUUAAAUAUUACUACUGUAUUUUCACAUGCUCAAACUUCAGUCACUUGUGAUUCUUGUUCUACUGUAUUAUGUACUCCAACUGGUGGUAAAGCUAAAUUAACUGAAGGUUGUUCAUUUAGAAGAAAAUAA